AUCCAUUAACACACGACGCAUGCACCUCUGCUAUCCACGCUAUCUUGCAUAAGCAGUAUUGGAUCUAACCGCUCAUUCUAUCGUAUUAUCGAAGAAUAUCGACUACAACCGUGCACUAUGCCUAGCGAUUACCAGCCUGCUUUCCCUGUCAGAGUAGGAAACUGGUGGCUACUGGAUAAACUCGGAUCGGGAUUUUCUGGUUCUAUUUUCCGUGCACGGCACGUUCAUAAGGACGAGAUCGCUGCAGUCAAGCUCCAGCUCGUGGACGAAUCAUGUCCGACGAAUCGCUACGAAAAAGGCUUCUAUCCCUUCUUGCAAGGCGGGAAGGGUAUGCCUACAUUAUGGGAGGCAGGCCAGGAAGGGCCAUGGGACUAUCUUGUCAUGGAUCUUUUAGGCCCGUCCCUUGACUCACUGUACAGGAAAUCCGGGAAACAGACUAUGGAUCUCCGUACCGUGUGUUGCAUAGCAAUGCAAGUUAUUCAACGGCUUGAAACCAUGCAUACGCGAGGGAUUCUCCAUCGAGACAUACAGCUGGGGAAUUGUGUAACUGGACUUGGCGAUAAUGCGCACACCAUCUAUAUGAUCGAUUUCGGUUUCUCAAAGAAGUACAUCGAUGAGUGCCGGCGGCACAUACCCGAUAGCCGAAAAAAGCGCGACUUCAUUGGCAAUUACUGGUUCUCUUCUGUUCGCGUUCACUGUAGAGGAAGAGUACCCUCACGCCGGGACGACCUUGAGGCUGCCGCUCUGAUGUUUAUUCAUCUCUUAACUCCCCGAGGCCUCCCAUGGACACGGAACGGCGUUCCGCGAACAGAUACAGAGCAUGAACGGCUUAAAGCCAUGAAGCGGAACGCGACGCCCGAGGAACUCUGCAAGAACAUACCUGUCGAGUUCGAGGAAUUCUUGCAUUACUCCAGGCAACUGCAGUUCGCAGAGCAGCCGGACUAUGGGCGAUGGCGUGAGGAGUUCCGCCAGCUCGCCUUGGACAAUGGAUUCCCAGAUACGGAUGACUUCAUCUGGCCUCCACCCGAACCUUCACCACCUCCCGAGGCAUCGACAUCCUCAAUUCCUGUUCCCGUGCAACAGCAGCCCGUGGACGUGCAUGGCCUGCUCGUAGAACUCGCACAACUGCGGAUCGACGACAGGUUGGUUCUCGGCGAGAAGAAGAUCGCGCCCAACGUUCAGGAAGCAGUGGAUCGAGCGAAGGACGAAAUCAAGAAACCGUCUAAAGACAGCUCGGAGAACAUCAUCACCAGCGGAGACUCGUCGGAUAAUGACAAGGUCUUGGAUCGGCCCCAGGAUCCCAUUCGCUUACCCAAAGCGGCGCAGCUGAGGAAGAUCGCUGUCGAUAUCACGAAGACCGUGGAUAACCAUGCCAUGUCCAAGAUCGUUAUCGACUACGUUCGGGUGCUGAAAGCCGCUAACAGCUCUCGCACCCUCACCAAGGACGGAUUCGCCGUGCUCGACGCGUUAUACAAGCAACUCGCGGACCCUUCGGUAUACGUCCUGCCGCACACACCCAUGCGUACCUCGCGGACUCGGCAAGGUAGCCAGAACGACGAAAACAGCGGGCAGUCGAACGGCAGAACGGCGGAGGUACUGCUGCACAGGCAGAAGAUGAACAAGCUGGCGGAGCUGAGGCGGAGCGUGGCUCGGGCUCAGACCAAUCGAGAACUCGCGCAACUGAUCCAAGAGUUCGGUGCCUUGACGAACCGUGCGAGCGGCAGGACGGUGACAAAGGACGGGUUCACUUUCCUAGAAGGAAUUGCGGAACGCUUGAAAACAUUGGACUCUUGACAACGCAUAUUACUCCAUCACAUCAUCAUCAUUACCCUUGCGUCUUUUUGUGUGCUACAUCACAUAGUAUAUAUCAAGCAUCUGUUACUGCAUUCCGACAUAGUGUUAUGUUAGACUAUCGAUUCCG